GGCAGCCAGGGCCCCGCCCAGCAUGUGCAGGCCGCCCGCGCUAGUAUGACGACGGGGAUCGUGGAGUCUGGCAGGCUUUACUGUGCAGAUCAGACCUUCGAUGUUCCAGUUCCACCCGCAGUGUCCCGAAUUGAUCUUUUUUUUUUUUGCCAUUUAUUUCUGCCGAUGAUCUGACCCAAGAGUCAUACUUAACCAACCAGGGACUGAGCUCCGUACAACUGAAUGGUCCCCCUGUGUCAGUCUCAACCCCAGGCCGAGCUAGAGCUCCUGUGCAUAUGCCGCAGUGGGCAUCCAUGGCUCCGCUCCGUGUUUGAUAUACAUACAUACAUAUCCCCCCUCCUUCCGUUCCUACCGUUCCUAGUUCUUACCGUUGCGACGCCUUCCAGGACUCUACUACUAUGUUAUAACCGACACUCCGCCAACAACACUUCUCAACACUCCAACUCCACUCCAGCUCAACACUGCCACAUCUUUACUACGUCUCCUAUGACCUACUAUCCUCAACCUGAAGCCUUUGCGGGCUCGCAAUGGCCACUGAACAACCAGUCAACGGCCCUUCAGCAAUUCCUCUAUGCUUUCCCUAAGCCUAGACUGAGCGGCCGAAUCAGCAAGCCUCGCAGCGCUGGAAACAGUCCUUCUGCGAGCAGGAGGAGGACCACCACCGUGCACAGCUCGCCCAUGUACCGGCCCCCGACUCAGGAGCAGCAGAUCGAUAUGAACGCUGCUCUCCUGGCGGCGAUUAACAGAAGACGGGCUCGUCCCAUGAGUUGGCACCCCGUGCUAAACCAGCCGGAAUAUGGGACACCAGCGCAGUUCUAUCCAACGACCAGUUUGGACUCGUACAAUCUCCCGGUCACGCAGGUGACCCAACCGUCUCAAACCAUGACGGGCGCCUUUGAUGAGACUAUGUUGCAACCUUUUCCCGCUGCCGAUGUCUCCAACAUGCAACAGGACCUUGCUUUCCCUCAACUGCCGCAGGAGCCUUACUUGCAUAUGAACCAACCUCAAGUUGACGGGACGUUUUGGGACGGAUCUGAAAUGGGCGUACCCUCGUUUGCGCAGCCUUUGAAUGACUGGCCUCUGGACAUGACAUCUAUCAACCAGGAUCUCCCAUCAAUGGGGGCUCCAGCCUCUAACUAUGGAAGUGUGUCAUCGCCCGGGCCGGCCACGCCCGACUUCCUGCCGAUCCAGAAGUUCGGCGAUGAUGCAGAAUCAGUUCCCGUGCUGGAGAAGCCGGAGCCGGGGGAUGAACUGGUUGGAAUGGGCCUCUACAGCGAACCCGAUACAUCUACCGACGGAUUGGUGUACGGUAUGAAUGGCAAGGGGCUGAAGUUGGAAGAGACGUUCACACCUUUUGCUGAAAAGGAUGACGAAGAGGAAGAAGAGGAAGACCAGCAAGAGCCAGAUUCUGAAUCUGAUAAUCAACAGCAGUCGGCGCAAGCAAAUAAGCAAGCUGAAAGCAUGGUCAACAAGACAUUUUUCUUCGAAUCCGACAAUGGUUCUGAGCAGCCUACCAUGGCCCGACCAUCCUUCAAUUUUCCCACCACAUCAUGCAUGAAUUACGGAUACGGAUGGAUUUGA